UUCGGUUUGUAGCAAAAUGGCGUUAUCCCGUUCGCAAGUAGUGAGUCAAUUAUAUAAAACAGUUAGAUUGUUAAACAAUAGUUUAAAGGAAACAUGGUUUCGGAGACGUUUUGGACUUUGCUCUGCCGCUAAACAACCUUCCUCGACAGUAUCAGGCUCAGAAGAGAAAAUUAUCAUUCCAAAAAUGAAAACAUGGAAUGCAGAGGCUGUGUUACAAGCUCUGGCAUCAACUGUAAAUAGGGACACUACAGCAUCAAAUUAUGUGUUUCAGGAUGACUCUUACCUCACACCAAGAACAUCUAGAGAAUUUAAACUGUAUUACUUGUCCCAGGAGUCAGGCAGAAAUGCGGCCAAGUAUUUCAUCAAUACUUUCCCCAGGUAUUUCCAAAAGGACUUUGCAGAACCUCAUAUCCCAUGUUUAAUGCCAGAGACUCUGGAACUGCAAAUAGAUGAGGUAUCAGAGAGGGCUCUUACUGAGUGCAUUCAGCUUAGGAAGGUCAAGGCAGCAGUAGACAUGUUCGAUCAGCUGACGCAGAUGGGAUCUCCUGUGUCAUUGGAUCUGACCAAUGACCUUUUGGAUCUGAUUUGUCUCUAUGGAGACCAGGAGCCAGCUCAAGAUGUCCCACCAGAACAAAGAACCAAUGACAUGGGGGAGAAGCAUGACGAGAUAAAGAUAAAAAAGGGAAGACCGCGAAGAGCCUCUGAUUUCCUAAAGAUUGUGUGGGGGGAGAACAACAAUGCAGAAAGGAUCUUUAACAUGAUGCCAGAACCAAAUAGUUGCUCAUAUGGUGCAUUAAUUCGUGGCAUGGUGAAGCAUGGCUCUAUCCCCAAAGCAUUCAUCAUGUACAAUGAUAUGCUGAACAAUCAACUGACUGCUGAUGUGCACACCUUUAAUGCUCUCAUCAGUGCUGCCCCAUACCUGAAGGAGAAAUACAGUGAGAAAUGGGACCUGAUCAUUGACCUGCUAAAGCAGAUGGCCUAUCAGAAGGUCAAGCCAAACGUGCUAACAUUCAAUGCUGUCCUAAAGGCCCUGCAGCGCUGUGGAGCCUUGGGCAGAGUGCAGGCUUUCCCUGUCCUCAAUGAGAUGAAGGCCCUUGGCAUCGCUCCCAGUUUGGCUUCUUAUGAUCACUUCCUUGGAAUCUUUUACAAAGCAGCCUCCCAGGCUCAAGAGCACAAAGAGAUUAUUCAGGAAGUGUUGAACGAGGUGUCAGGGAAGAGCUUUGCUGCCCACGACCCAGAUGAUGUCAAUUUCUUCAUGAACACCAUGAAAAUCUGCCUGGACACUAAAGACAUGGAGCAGGCUUACAAAUUGCAGAGCCUGCUUGAUAUAGGGGAGAACUGGAAACUGCUGGGGGAUUCCUUCCACCAGAGUGUCUAUUAUGGACGAUUUUUCAACCUGCUGUGUAUGAUGGAACAUGUUGAUGUGGUGCUGAAAUGGUACAGAGAGCUCAGUCCCUCGCUAUUCUAUCCUAAUUCUCAACGAAUGAGGGAUCUGUUUCAGGCACUUGAUAUGGACAACAGAUUAGACAUCAUUCCUCAAAUUUGGAAAGAUAUCAAACGGAUGGGGCAUGACAACAACACAGAGCUUGUAGAGGAGAUGCUUUCCCUUAUGGCCCGAGAGAAACACAAGCCAGAGGUGCAGCAGUCAUUUGCAGAGUGUGCUCUAGAUGUGAAGACUCUGUACAAGCAGACUGACUAUGGCAGAGUGCAGCUGAACUGGUCAGCUAGCUCCCUUAGCAGCAUCACCUUGAUUCUGCUGGCAGCUGGGAGGAUACAGCAGGCCUGGGAAAUAUUGAUGCUCUUCAAAGUCACUAACAGAGUUCCAUCUGAAUACCUUCUGAAACAGUUCCUGGAUUGUAUACAGAUGAACAACAACUCUGAACAGGCUGUGGCACUAGUUCAGAUUUCAGCGAGCUUCUGCUUGCCUCUUACCUCACACCUCAUCAAGAGAGUGCAGCAGGAAUUUGAACUAAAUGAGGAGCAGAAGAACACCUUAUCGCAACUGGAAUCAUCCUUAUUUGAGUGAUUAAAAGGCUAUGGAUUUGUAUUUCACAAAAUGUUAAAUCUAAUAAAUUGCUAAAAAAAAAUAAUAAUAAUAAUAAUAAACUGAUGUUAAACUGA